GUGGGGGUAUUGGGACAGGACCGCUAACGGCAAUGGCGUUGAUGUCGGAGUUGUUGUUGUGUUCAGUCGAUAGCAAUAUUGCAUUGCUGUAGAAAUCUUCCAAAUUUUAUUAUUUUGAAUAUAUUAAAACACAACAAAAAGCCAAAAGGUUUGAUUACACUUAAUGUGUUUGGUGUUUAAAGCCGUUUUAAUUUAUAUGAACUAUUUUGAGAGAUCCGUCGCAGUGACGUCAUCAGAGCGCGGCGACCCACUACGCUGCUUGUUUUUCUACGCACUUGUCGCGAUGUGAGAUUUAAUGGAAAUUUCCACUCGAUCGAUAUCGUAAAAAACAAGUUUUAUUUAAAAUAUCGCUCUUUGAACGGUACCCGGAUCGUCAGAGGAGAUAAACGGAAUCAUAGUCGUGUUUUUGAACGGAAUAAUCCGUGUUUGUACAGAGUGUGUCAUUCUGAUCCUGGUUACAGAGAGUUUGUUUAUCAUCGGAUAUAGUCGAUAAAUCAUCUGUAAUGGAGUAUCACAGUGUCGGGCCCGGAGGAGUGGUGGUCACCGGUAAUAAUGUACCUGCGUUUCUCACUAAACUCUGGACGCUGGUGGAAGAUCCGGACACGGAUCCGUUAAUCUGCUGGAGUCCUAAUGGCAACAGCUUCCAUGUGUUCGACCAGGGCAAGUUUUCCAAAGAGGUUCUUCCAAAAUACUUCAAGCACAAUAACAUGACCAGUUUUGUUCGACAGCUCAAUAUGUAUGGUUUCCGUAAAGUUGUCCAUAUCGAGCAGGGAGGACUGGUAAAACCGGAGCAAGAUGACACGGAAUUCCAGCAUCCGUAUUUCAUCCGCGGUCAGGAGCACCUGCUGGAGAAUAUUAAGAGGAAGGUCACAACAGUGUCUAAUAUUAAACACGAGGACCUGAAGUUCAGCUCGGACGACGUGUCUAAAAUGAUCACAGAUGUGCAGCUCAUGAAGGGCAAGCAGGAGUCCAUGGAUUCCAAAAUCGGCAGCCUCAAACAUGAAAAUGAAGCUCUCUGGAGGGAAGUGGCCACAAUGAGACAGAAACACGCCCAACAGCAGAAAGUCGUCAAUAAGCUAAUUCAGUUCCUGAUCACAUUGGCACGGUCCAACAGAGUCCUCGGAGUGAAACGAAAGAUUCCCCUGAUGUUGAAUGACAGCAGUUCCACACACUCCAUGCCCAAAUACUCACGGCAGUACUCACUGGAGUCGUCCCCUGCUAUCUCUCCCUCCAGCACACCUUUCACUGGAACGAGUGUCUUCAACUCGGAGUCACCUGUCAAGACGGGACCGAUUAUCUCUGACAUCACCGAACUGGCACAGUCUAACCCCGUGGCCACUGAGGAGUGGAUUGAGGAUAGAACAAGCCCAUUGGUCCACAUUAAGGAGGAGCCGUCUAGCCCCGCCCACAGCCCUGAGGUGGAGGAGGUGUGUCCUGUUGAAGUGGAAGUCGGGGCGUUGUCAAGCAUACCUGCAGACACACCCCUUUCCCCUAUAACCUUCAUUAACUCAAUUCUUCAGGAGAGCGAGCCCGUCACUGCGCCGACUCCGCCCCCCGUCGAACAGAAGUGUUUGAGCGUUGCCUGCUUGGACAAUUAUCCUCAGAUGUCUGAGAUCUCUCGCCUUUUCUCCAGCUUCUCCACCUCGUCUCUCCACCUCAGGCCUCAGUCCGGGACUGAACUGGUUGAUCAUUUAGAGACCAUCGACUACGGACUCGACAACCUUCAGCAAAUCCUGAAUGCUCAGUCCAUAAACUUCGACACCUCGCCCCUUUUUGAUAUUUUUACAUCAUCUUCUGCCGAUGUGGAUCUGGACACCCUGGCUAGUAUCCAGGACCUACUGUCACCUGAACCAGUCAAAGACACAGAAUCUGCUGCGGAUACCAGAAAUUCAGGCAAGCUGCUGGUCCAGUACACGGCUCAGCCCGUGAUUCUACCCGACCCCAUCACUACUGAGACCACCGGGACAGAACUACCCAUUCUUCUGGAGCUGGAGGACAACGACUCCUGUUUUGGGCCAGAACCAGCAGACGACCCGACCAUCUCCCUUCUGAACUUCCAGUCCCCUGUACCCGAAGACCCCAAACUAUCAUAGAGAGAGCAACUUUUAUAAAGGGAUUUAUGUCUGUGUGGGGUUUUUAAAAUUUUUGUUCUGCAUUUUUAUUUUUAUUUUUGUCAUUUAUUUAACAUGUCAGGGCUAGACAUGUGAAUAUUACUCUGGUAUUUUCCCUUCUCUUUUAGUCUGGUGGAGAAAACAACCUUUUAAGUCUCUAAAAGCAAUAGAGAAAAUUCAGUAUUCAUUGAAAUGCUGUUAUAGAAUCGACACAUCAAAAUAAGAUUUCAUUUGUUGCAGAGUUUGUAGUUUCUUUGUUAUUCAGGCAGUGUGAUGGCUCCAAAAACUAAAUGUGAACAACAUUUAACAGAUGACCAUUUUUUGUGUGUUGGAAUGAAUUUGCACCGAUGAAAUUAGUGAUCUCUAUGUUAACGUGUUCUCUUGCAGUUCUUCAAUGCAAAACUUUAAAAACCUUGUUGAUUCAAGUCUGGCUUGUGACACUCACAGUCUUGAGUUUUUCCUUCUGGUGUGGUUGAAAAUUAAUUAUUUAAUCCAAUACUUCUCGCUUUGACACCCAGUUGUCAUCCUGCCGACUACGCCAAAUUUGGAAUUUCCAAAAGAUUUAUUUGCAGUAUAUAUUAGAAUGGAAUGCUGGUUGUAUUGUCUCAUGGAUAGUGAGGUUAAAGCAAAAUAUAAAAAAUGUAUAUAAAUAUAGAGAAAUAACACUAAUUUCUGUAUUGAUCCAUUUAGCUACAGUUUAUUCCGAUGCCCUCACCUAAACUGCAAAACAAAGUCGAUCUCAUUGGACUACCAUGAAACACAAGCAUAACAUAAACGGACCUCGCAAAUCAACAUUUUAAACCUGUCUAGCAUCUCACCCACUGUCUUCAAAGCCAUAGCUGUUAGUCGUCAUAUAAUGUCUGAUGUUGGUUAGUUAUGAUGGGUUUGCAUUGACAAUGCCAGUUAAAGGUUCAUAUGUAGUCUCAGAAAAGAUUUUAAUGAAACGUACUAAAAUCAGUCAUCCUCUCUUGCUGUUUAUUAAGUACAGCCAAAAAAUAAAAAAAAAAAAAUAAAAAAAAAAA